AUGAAAUCUUUUGAAGACGCUGUGAAUGUAACAAAUGAAGUAAUGACAACCUAUUCAGAUGAUUACCUCAUGCAUUUAGAAUUCGGUCAAACAUUGAAUAGUGUCUCCUAUGGUGCAGGAGAAAUCGAUUCAAGUCUUCUAAAGAAAUCGCAAGAUCUUAUUGAAUAUGGUUUGUCGAAAGCUCAAACAGAGUCUGAGAAGUAUUAUGCACAACGUGCACUUAUAAGAAACUUAUUUGAUCAAGGCAAUCAUUUUGGUAAAAAGGUUAUUUCCGAACUCUGGUUCAGCGAAGACAAUGAACCGUCAAAAUGUCAAUGUAAUAAUUCCACGUGUGAAAAUUGUAAUACUCAUCAACAUCAAUCGAAAAUAAAGAUGAAUGCACGAAAAGCAUGCAAGAUCUACGGUGAUAUACUCAAUGGCGAACGUUUGUCUCCUCAGUUUCUUGAUCUUCAACGGCUUCAUGAUAUGGACAGUGUUCUAUUUAAACUUUUCGAUCACUCUGAUCUUUCUCAUUGUAUUCUAUGUUGGGUAGAGUCAAAAGAUAUUGGUUUGAGUCACAUUGUGCCGAAAUCUGUACUCGAACAUCAAUCGAAAUUAUUUCCAUAUAAAAAUACUGACCGCUUAUUGUUACAUUCAUCGAACCAUCCACGAUAUGUAUCGGGAACAAAAAAAGUGAAAUGGAAGAUGCUCUGUUCCAUGUGUGACAAUCGAUUUUCAACAUGGGAGAAUAAAUUUACUGAAGCCUUUUGUAAUGAAACAAGUGAAAACAUCAAAAGACGCACAGCAAUAAUACGCAUUCAUGGUGCUACUGAAAACCAAGAAGUUGCAUACAAAGAAUGGCUUCAAUCAUUUUUGAUGAGUUUAGGUUGGCGUGAACUUGUGCGUCGUUUUGCAACUAGCUCUACAAAUGAAUAUGCUGGAAUUUCAGCUAAUAUAAUGAAAUUAAUGCAUGAAUGCAGAUAUCAUUGCACUCAAGAGUAUGAAGAUCCGGCAUGCCGAAUGCUAUCACUUGGAUGUGAUCGUCCACCGAAUGUUGCUUUGAUUAUUGCACCUACAUUAUGUUCAUCGAUAGCGCACUAUUCUAACCUUCUUACACGCUGCCUUAUGUCAACUCUUUCUGCUUCAGAAACUGGUUUACCGGAUGGCGUCAUCUUAAUCAAAUUUGGAAUGUUUUAUAUUCUGUUGAUGGAUGAUGGUAAAGAAUGGACAGAAUUACCUGAACGUGUUCGUAUUAAUCGAGAAGGUAGCUUCGUGAUUCCGUCAGAUAAUGAACGUGCACGUUUCGGUGAUUUGCCUAGUUGGUUCAUCAAGCAUCUUACUACUGCAGCAGAACGAUUUGAAGCUAAGAUGAAUGAAUUGCGAGAGACAACAAGUUCGGAAAAGACAGAGAGAAGACAACAGGUGCGCGAGAAUGACACUACUGGUUUUCUUCGAGAGAGCUUUCUUGCUCAACAAAGACUUCUUUUUGAGAAACCAGAAAUAACUGAUAAUUGUUUACCAACUUGGUUCAAACAUGACAUAUCCGAGAGUUUUUCACUAACAACAAUUCUUGAAGGUAUAUUUAGUGUCUUUGACAAACAAACGUUACCAUAUAAUGAACAAUACAAAAUUCUGUACACUACUGAUGAUAUCUCGGGCAUUCGCACAUUUGGUUAUGUGGAAAUCUAUAUUGGUGAAAGAUUAAUCCUAGAAACAGUGUUUAAGUUUCCAGAAUGCUGUACCCAAGAAAAUUUUCGAAACGAAAUAGAAGUUUGUGUCGAUGGUCUCGACGAUGCGAAGAAAGAUAAACUCAUCAAAUAUUGGACUUCAAAAAUGCCAAGUAGCUCGCCUCAAGAACAAACGAAGACAUGUAUCACCAUUCAAUCUACAGCUACAAUGACUACCUUACCUCAAGAACAAUAUUCGACACGUUUGGAAAUAGCAGCUGAUCUAUUUUGGAAAUUAAUUACAUUACCAUUUGACUUGGACGAUUUUGAAAAUUAG